AUGGCUGAUGAAAUUGCAUCAGCAAUGGAGCAGGAAAUGGUGGAAGAACAGGCUAUAAAGUGCCCAAGGCCUUCAGCAAAGAGGCAAAGGAAAGGAUCUCCUGACGCCCGAGAAGAAGCAGAUAAAGAACGUGUAGACGACAGUCUUCUGCAAGAUGCACGUAGAAUCAAAGAAAACAUCAGGGUCUACAUGAACGCAACAGACAGGAACGUGAGUGCGAAGGUACAAAAGCACGUUAAUGGGAAAAUGCAGCAGUUAAUAGAUAUAAUGGAGACAAUAUAUGAUAAGAACUAUGAAAAAACGUUUUUAGUACAACGUGUGGUAAAGGACACAUUAGCUUCCUCUGAAAUGUAUGAUAUCAUAGUAAAUGCAUUAGUGGAAAAAGCAGUACCUAUGGUUAUCGAGGGACUCAAGUCGGAAAGUAAAACCAUACAAAGACCACUGUCAGAACCUCAGACAUCUCGGGAGUUUCCAUGCGUUAAAGAACAACCGCUAUUAGCCGAUGCCCACGCUAUUAUUGAGACCACGGAGAAUGAAAGUUUCCAGGAACAGCAGCAGUCGGCUGGCGGGCAGUUACUGCCACUGAUUGAUAGCUCACGGGGUUUUCACAGGCUCAUUCUUUGCGUAGUGGGCUGCUCAGGUCGUGCGUGAGUUUACUUUCGUCGGAUCUGGCUCGAGGAGACCGCAGACCGACAAUUAUCCUGGACAGAUGGCUGCGGUAUUUCUCCAGCUCAAGCUCCAGCCAAUUCCCGGCCCUCGCCAACUUUACGAACUAACAACUUUGCCCGCUCCAGGGUUGAGCCUGUACUGCCGGUAUAA